UUGUCACAGUUACAAUUUACCAUUUGUCGGCGACGGACGCGCGCUCUCCGCUUAGUAGAGUCGAAGAAAAUCGAAGAAAAGCUCGCUCAGCUAACGGUUCUUCAGGAGCGUUUCGUUUCUAACACCACAACCAUUACAGCGGCCCAUACAAAUAGCAUACCCACAAAAGUCGUCGGCCCGUCUCGUAUAAAAUCUGUUGCAUCACUGCUGCGGCACUUCAGUCGUUCGAACGCGUGCGGCCGGAGAAGUGCAGUUAACAAAUACGAAAUAUAUUAAAACAAAAUAACAACAACAAGAAUUAAAAAAAAAAUAAAUAAUUUACAAAAAUGCUCGGCUGCAGUGAACAUUUAGGCAGCCUAAAAUGAAGCUUGAAAUAUAAACGGAUAUUCUAAACGAACAUUUCCAAAGACCCACUUACCUCAGUGCAAUGCUUUAGGCCUUAAACAAAAAAUUUAAAAAAUAUUUUAAUUAUAAUCUGAACUUUAAAAAAAACAUCCAAAAUUAACGCGUUACAAGGAAUCAAGAUUUUACCCUCCUUCGCGCAACUGAAAAUGCUGAACAUGGAGUCGCCGCAGAUGUACGCCGAUGCCGUUCAGACAUUGGCCCAGCUGGACCUCAAGAAGGAGCCGCCGUUGCAGCAGGCCACCAUUGGCCAGAUCACCCUGACGGCCAUGUCCACGGCGCAACAGCAGCAGCAGCAACAGCAGCAACAACAGCAGCAACAGCAGCAACAACAGCAGCAACAGCAGCAGCAGCAGCAACCUCAGCAGCAGACAACGGAUGCCAACAACAAUACUUCCCAGGAUGCGGCACUCCUUGUGAAGCAUGCAUCGCAUGCCAUGCACCAAAUGCAACAGGUUGCCGCCCUGGGCAGCAACAACAACCUGUUGCAGAAGCAAAUGCUGCAGCAGUACACCACCCAAACGGACCUGGACGAGCUGACCACGCAGGAGAUCACCCUCGAUCUGCAGCACCUCAUCGACGAUCAGUUCAGGGACACGGAAACGCUGGGCAUCUUCAGUGACAUGGUCACCAGUCCAGGUGGUCUUUCGGCCACCCUGCCGCCCAGUGGCAUGGUUUCGGCGGCAGCCAAGGUCCUGCAGCAGCAGACCUUGCGUAACCAACACGGCUACGGGGGCAGAGGAGGCGGCGGUGGCGGCGGAGGAGGGGCGGGAAAUGCCCUAGCCUACAUGCCACAGCCCGUUCAUGCGACCUACAACAAUUCCAGCGAUGAGAACAGCUCCGUGGGCUCCGACUCCAGUACGAUCAAGGAGGAGCCCAUCGAUCCGGAGUACAGGCGGCAUCUCCAGGAGGCGGCCAACCAGCAGGCGGCCUUCAUGGGCAACGGCGGAGGACUCUACAAUGGAUACGGAGGAGGGGCAAAUGGCCUGUCUGGUGGCGGCAACCCCCUGAACGGGGGCAACACCACGCCCAGCAGCAACGGGAGCAACGGGAGCACCGGCAGCAGCAACGGCAGCCAGUUCACCAACCUGACAACGGCCAAUGUCCUGGCCCAUCACAAUCUGCCUCACCUGGCCGCCGCUGCUGGGGCACACAACCUGCUCAAGCAGCACAGCAAGUUGCAUGCCCAGCAGCAGCAUCAGCAGCACCAGCAGCAGCAACAUCGGAAGCACAGCAACAAGCAUGUGGACAAGGGCACCGACGAGUACCGCAGGAGGCGGGAGAGGAACAACAUUGCCGUGAGGAAGAGCCGGGAGAAGGCCAAGGUGCGUUCGCGGGAGGUGGAGGAGAGGGUGAAGAGCCUCCUCAAGGAGAAGGAUGCCCUCAUCCGGCAGCUCAGCGAGAUGACCAACGAGCUGCAGCUCCACAAGCAGAUCUACAUGCAGCUGAUGAACCAUGCCAAUCCCGAAGUGAGCCGCGUUUGCCGGAGCUUCCUCAACACCAAUGAGCAUUCGCUGUAGCAGAUACAAAGAUAGUGUGCGUGUGUGUGUGUGUGUGAUCCAGUCUGUAAGUGUGCGUGUGAGAGUGUGACUCUGUUAAAUCAAAGAUUCAAAAUGCUGUGUGGGUAGCUCGUAAGAACCAUUUUUCUUCUGCCGAUCAUUUUCUUCGGGCUGUAAAGCUGUAAACGACACAGCAGCUCACUGGCUGCUUCAUCGUUUACAACCAGCUCGAAACUCUUUUGCCAACUCCUCUGGCAUUCCUUUGUACAUUUUAUUCUACCCCCCAUUUCUUGUUAUCAUUGUAAAACAUAUUUUUGUACUUAAUUCUUAACGACUGUAACAUAUAUUUCGCACAUUUUUUAUACAUAAUCUUCUACAUUAUAUCUUAUCAUAAAGUUAAGCCAAAGAAAAAUGUUAAAAAUAUUAAUGUAAAAAAAAAUAACACGCAGGAAUGAGAGAAAAACGGAAAAUACAAAAAAUCAAAUCUAUUUAUACAUCUAAUUCAAAUUUGUACAUUUCUUGACUGGUGUGCGGCUUUGCUCUAUGCUUGAUGCCACGCCCACUCUUACGCCCCCAGCCCCCUGCUUGAAACACAAACAUUAGCAAAUCUCUAGUUUUUAAGCCCGGAACAUCAAGUAACCGCUUUACCUGCACAAAUCCCCUCGACGAAAUGCAAAAAGAAAACCUGCCCGUAAUUAACCAUUUUCUAGCGAAUUCGACGAGUUCGCUUUUGAGAGCGUAGAAGAUAUGAAUGCUAUUAAUUUGUAAGGCCAACGCAAUGUUCUCAUUUUAAUUUAUAUAUUCGUAAAUUAAAUAUACACAAACAACAAAGAAAACUGUAAAGCA